AUGCGUUUCUCCGUCAUCGUGGCUCCUGGACUCUUCGCCGUAAGCACUUCAGCCAGUCCAACCACCAAGGGCUUUAGCGCUUCCCGGCAAGCACACAAGUCGAACGAGCUGACAGUUCUUGUGACCGGCUUUGAUGGCUUGCCAAACAAUACCGUCAUCAACCCUUCCUGGGAGGUUGCAAAAAGCCUCCCCUCCCAGCUGCCCGUCGGCAUCAACAGCUCGAUCCCACGGGUCAAAAUCCUUGUUCCCUCGGAUGCGAUUCCCGUGAGUUACGAGGCCGUAGACAACUUCGUGCCGACAAUUUGGGACCCAAGCAAGGGGCCCGAGGUCGAUAUUGCUGUUCACCUGGGCAUGUGGGCACCCAGGACGACGUAUCGGCUCGAGAAAAAUGCCGUUCGCAGCGGGUACAAACUUAGGGAUGCGAAUUGCAAAUGUGUCAGCUCAGCCAACGGAGCCAAUUCGAACAGCAAUUGCGACUGGAUGGAAGUGGGCAACGAUUCUUGCCCUGAUGGUCAAUAUCGGCAAGGCAAUGCAUGGAACCACGGCCAACAACCACCAGCCGAGCUCCAGACGGAUUUAGACCUCGAGGAUAUAUACCAGCGAUUUUACGAAAGCGGUGAAACCGACAACCAAUGGCCUGGUAUAGACUUCAAGAUCACUAGUUACAACAAAGAAAUUUUUCUUUGCCAAUACCUAUACUACUCUAGCAUGGCCUUCUUGCGCGGACAAAACAGACCAGGAAAGGUCGUCUUCCUUCAUGUACCGUCCCUUACAACACCAGAAGCGAUCCAAACGAGCAAGGAUGUAACGAUGAAUCUUAUUCGAUCGAUUGUUGAAUCGGAAAUGCAAAGGGGAAUGUAG